GUUAGGGCACAUUGCGUUAUGCGCUGGUUUUUGGAGUGUUUUUUGCGUUUCUUAAAGUUGUCUCACACGCUUGCCCCUGGUCAGGGCUAUGGAAGAUUAGGGCCUAGUUGUUUCAUAGUUAAAAAGACUAAAUACCAGGGCUGGGCAAAAUCUCAAAAUAAAAAGCGAAAUGCGAAGUGAAAAAUUUUUCGUGCAGAAAAAGCCAAGCCCUGCUAGAUACCUAUACUCCGGAAACCUUAAUUUUCCUCAAAAUGUCAGAGUCGAAUCAAAACCCUUAAAAACCAUCGGCAGGGCUUGUUGGUC